CCAUUGCGAGUCAAUUUAGCCACAGCUUAAUUAAGCGGCUUCGAUUAGUCAUAGUGUAAUAUGAAAGUGAUUGUACCUUAAAAAUGGAUAGCUACGAACAACACAACGAAGUAACGACAUCCUACAACAACAAUAGCUUAAAACACAAUUUUAACGAGUGCAAAAACGAUUAUUAUGAUUAUGACGUAAAAAAGCAAAUGGAAAAAGAUUUUUACGAUCAGAAGAAUUAUCGGAUGAAAUUGGACGAGUCUCAAAACCAAUCUUUGAGCACUCCGUUCUCAGUCAAAGACAUACUGAACAUAAACCAGACGCCGUAUUAUGAACGAAACGACGUAUGGAAGCCAAACGAUCGACGAAACCCCGAAUAUGAAACACUAUACCACCAAAGUCAGUAUUGCCCGGAGUAUUUUAGUCAAGUUUAUCCAAAUAUCUCUAUGCACAAUACCGACCAUUAUUGGAACCCGGAAAUGUAUCACGAAGCGAAGAUGGAAGGUUAUUAUAAUUAUAAUCCAUAUUCUCAUAAUAUAUAUCAUCAAAAUCACGAAUAUCCUGAUAUACAGAUGCAUCACAAUGGGAUGGAUGUGUCUGGAAAACUGGAGAGUACCGAGAGAGAGCUUCUUGCACAGAUUCCCGGUGUUGUAUCCAAACCGAUGGAGAAAAACCUUCAACAGUUAGUCUCUGAAGCUGUCCCGUAUUCGGAAACGUUGCAAAAGUUUCCGGUGUUAGCGAAAAAACAUCCAAAACCAGCUACAUGCAGCAGUAAACCGGAUAGAAAAGAGAAAAACGUCAAAAGAAAACCCAGAAUACUUUUCUCGCAAACGCAAGUCCAAGCCUUAGAGGUUCGUUUCAGAGCUCAACGGUACCUCACCGCACCCGAAAGAGAACAGCUAGCUAAAACUCUCAACUUAACACCGACUCAAGUGAAAAUCUGGUUCCAAAAUCGAAGAUACAAGAGUAAACGUAUCAAAUCACCUGAAGUCUCCACAUCGACAGAUGCUAAACCUAUUAAAAACAUAGGAAGAAAGUUAUACAGACCAGAAAAUAGAGAUUUGCCGCCUCCAUACGAUAGUUUUAAAGUUGAAAAUGACGUAGCAGAGGAGAACCUAUCCUCGACGAUAUACUUUGAUGAUAGUUUGACUUACGAGCAUGAAGCAGAGAAAUAUUAUAAUAAACAAAAUGAAGAUAAUGUCGGCACUACUACGAAUAUUGUAGACUUUUACCCUUCCGACGUUAGUAAGGAUGAAUUUGUGAUUUACAAGGAAACGGAUAUGAAAAAGUAUUUCCCAAUCAAUUACGUUUGUUGAUAAAUUAGUAUUAAGUACGUGAUCAUAGACUGACUGCCAAAGAGAAUUAUUUUGUUAUUUUUAUAAGAAAUAGGUACUAUAUCAUGCAAGCUUGUGCAAUUUUAAAUGUUUCCUAAGUUGCGUACGCUGUACUCGUCCUAGUAUUAUUAUUUACUGUUUUUUUUUUUAAAUAAAUUUAUAACAUUA